UGUGAAACCCUAAUCGUCGACACCUUCAAGGUUGAAAUCAAGGGGUUUUACGUCCCUGGUUUCCUUGCCUUUCGAGAAGUUCCCGCCUAUAUUGAAGCAAUUGAGGCCUUCAAGACCAAAUACCCGGAUGGCCCAACUCCUGACAUUUGGAUGGUGGAUUGCAAUGGAACGCUCCACCCACGUCGAUUUGGUGCAGCCUGCCACCUGGGUGUCAAACUUGGAGAGCCCACCCUUGGAGUGGCAAAAUCUCUUCCCUUUAUAGACAGCACAGCAAAUGGAUUUCCACUUAGUACAACUGGACCUCGACAAAGGGAGUUGAUACGAAGGAAAGCGGAUUCACUGCAGAAAGACCAAAAAAUCGACCUCUACGGGUUGGAAGGAACUUUGGAUGGUGUGGCUCUUAUGAAUUCGAACUCGAAAAAUCCGGUUUUCGUCUCGCCAGGCCAUAUGGUCACACUGGAAACUGCCAUUGAAAUAACUUUGCGUUGUUCUAUUCAUCGCGUUCCAGAACCUACUCGUCAAGCCGAUGUCAAAUCAAAUGCUGAUGCAAGGGAAUAUUCUAACUCAAUAUAA